AUGUUCUAUUUAUCCACCCCACCUACCCCGCCCCCACUAUCAAAAACCCCUCCACGAUUGAAGCUGUCAGAGCUCUAUCUUCCCAACGACAUCAAUCUCUCCAAUUCACUCUCUAUCCCCCAGAAUGCUUAUCGUAGAGUCCCAUAUAGAUGUGCCCACCAAGGCAGACGGCGUGGAGGGAUCAAUGAGUACCUUACCUCUCGUCACUCCAUCCCCAUGAGCUCUGAACACAUACUGACUGACAUCUAUCAAGGGAUCUGCCUCUUCCACCCCUCCAUCCCCGGAUACCCCAACGCCAAAUUCCCCGGCGUAGCCCUCUUCUCCGAAAUCUACCAAGUCACCGGCCCCGUCGCCCGCUUCGCCCGCUCCAUCGCCUCCGCCGGCUACAUCGUCGCCGCACCCUCCUCCUACCAUGACUUCGUCCCCUCCACCCCACUCGCCUACGACGUCCCCGGCACCGACCUCGGCAACGCCCUCAAAGCCAAGAAGACGCUCGCCUCCUACGACGCCGACAGCUCUGCCACCAUCGACGCCCUACUCGCCUUGCCGACGUGCACGGGUCGCUUGGGCGCGACGGGUAUGUGUCUCGGUGGCCACCUGGCGAUCCGGUGUGCGUUGGAUCCUAGGAUUAGUGCAGCGGUUGCGUAUUUCGCUACGGAUUUGCACUCUGCCACGCUGGGUGCGAAUAAUCCGGAUGAUACGCUGGCGAGGUGCAAGGAGAUCAAGGGGGAACUGGUGUGUAUCCACGGCACGCUGGAUACGCAUGUGCCGCCUGCGGGACGGGAUAAGAUUCGGUUGAAGUUGAGGGAGGCGGGGGUGGUGUUUAGCUGGUUUGAGGUGGCGGGGGCGCAGCAUGCGUUUAUUAGGGAUGAGAUGAGUAAGGGACGGUUUGAUGGGGCAGUGACGAGGGUUUGUUGGGGGAUGUUGGAGGAGGUUUUUGGGAGGGUGUUGAGGACGGAGUUGGGGGAGCGGGUUGGGGGGGGAGGGGAGGUGGAACAUGUUUGUUAGAUGGGGGUGCUCGUCUAAGGGUUGAAGAGGGGCUGGUGCGUGGUAGUAGUGGUUACAGUAGCUGUAAUUCUCCGUCCAUAUUGUCCGUGACGUCCAACUUGACGUGCAACUCUGGGAUAUGCUGGAUACGCCGAUAUGUGCGUAACAGUCUCUUUCAGACUUUUGGGCUGCACCAAGUUAACAGGCGCUGGUCGAAAUAAAAAGCGAGACCAAGAUCGAAUUGUAAAAUAUAACGCCACUACCACCAAGUUCACGGCAUUUGCAACAUGAGACUUAUAGGAGCUGAUUCCAUAUUCUGAUUUGAUGAGAUCUGGGAUGGGGUUCCGGAUAGAAUUUCAGGUAAAGAAAGGGGCGCUGUCGUACCUUACUUACUGUUGCUACUUGCUCUUACUACUUGCUGUUACUGUUGCCGUCCGCUUUACAAGACCGAGCUUCCCAGAGAGACUUGUUGCAUCAGCAAUAACGCAUAAAUUGAAUAUUGCAUCAACAGUGUGUUCUUGGCGUUCGUUACAAGUGUGA